CUGUCCAUUCCAAACUUGGAUAUGAUCCCCCACAGCUGUUGUCAAGUGUCCAUUUUGAGUGAUGUUUCUCUCGGUUGACUUUUCUUCCCCCCACGCAGAGGAGAGCAGGGUCAUCUGGCAGCUCUGGGCCACUGUGUGGGUGGAGUGGGCUAAUUGGGGUGGGGGAUGGCAGAGAGAGCCGGGUCGAAGAAACACUCCUCCCUGCUGGCUACAGCGGCUGGCUGGGCCCAAGCCCUUUGCCGGGGCCUGGUGUAUUUUUGGAGCAACCAGUACGCCUGGCUGCUUGGGGUGCCUUGCCUCCGUCGGGCUUAUCACCUCUGGCUGGCGGCUGUGGUCAUUUUUGGGCCGCUCCUUCAGUUCUAUGCGAACCCGCGGGCCAUCUUUGCCAAUCAUCACAACUUCUUCAACAUAAAAUUUGUCAGGUCGGCCUGGGGCUGGACUUGCAUUUUCUUGGGUGGCUUCAUCCUUCCUGUGGUGUACCUAGCGACCCGUCGGGUCCUGCUAACCUUGCGUCAUCUUACCCGCUUAGCGGUGGGAGCCGGGCUCUGGCUAGGUGCCACGGAGACCUUCCUCCUCAUAGAGAACCUCACUGGCUACUGUUUCGACCCCGUGCCGCUGGGCAUCCUGGUGAACAAUCUUCCAGACAAGCGGACAUGCCGCCGUGCGGGCCACCAGUGGCACGGUUUUGAUGUCUCUGGCCAUACUUUCCUCCUCACCUUCUGUUGUCUUCUCAUGGUAGAGGAGACCUCUGUCUUCCGCCGCUAUCUGGCCCAGGGCCACCCAGCCGGCGUCCCCUUGCGCCUCAUCUUUCUCCUCAAUGUCCUGCUCCUUGCAUUGUGGAACUUCCUCUUGGCCUGCACCGUUGUGUAUCUCUACGAAUAUAGCCACAAGGUUGUGGGAGCGGCCAUGGGUACCCUCUGCUGGUUUCUCACCUACCGGGGCUGGUACCGUUACCGCUGGUCCCCGGGUCGCCCUGGAGCGGGCCUUUUCCUCAAAGGAAGCCCUGGUGAGGCAAAGAAACGGAACUGAGGGCACUCUCAAGAAGUCCACCUACCUGGCCAAGAGGGCAUAAAAGGAAUUCCUUAUCCCUUCCCUGCCCCCGAGAGACAAAUAAAGACAAGACCCGUUCAGCUGCUGUAUCCUCCAAA